AUGACUCCACCGUUUGCAGAUGAGUACCGCUACCUAGACAUCACAUCAAGUCGUGUGGUGGCGACUCUCGGUGAAAAGGGGAUUAAGUACGGCUUCUGUGGCGGUUAUGCUGCCGGUUUCAUCGUCUCUCAGCGCGUGACCAAGGAUAUUGACGUUAUCGCGAGCAAGGAUCCCACAGAGGCCUUUCUGGCACCAGUGGCGGUGGAGGAGAUCCUCAGCGCACAUAAAGAUUUAGAGGGACGGUGGGAGCUGGUCAAUCGAGAGGUGGAAAAGGAAUAA